AUGACACACAGAAAUGGCACUGAAGUGACUGAAUUCUUUCUUCUGGGAUUUGGGGCCCAACACAGGUUUUGGCAUGUCCUCUUUAUCGUAUUUCUACUGAUCUACAUGACCUCCAUGGUGGGUAAUAUUGGAACGAUUCUACUCAUCAGGACAGAUUCCAGACUUCAAACACCCAUGUACUUCUUCCUACAACAUUUGGCUUUUAUUGAUAUCAGUUAUACAUCUGCAAUCACUCCCAAGAUGUUGCAAAACUUCAUAUCAAAAAAUAAGUCAAUAUCAUUCACGGGAUGUGUAGUGCAAUUAUGGGUUUAUGUAACAUUUGCAACCAGUGACUGUUACCUCCUGGCUGCUAUGGCAGUGGACCGUUAUGUAGCCAUCUGUAACCCACUUCACUAUCCCAUAGUCAUGUCCCAAAUAGUCUGCAUCCAACUGGUAGCUGGUUCAUAUGUCAUGGGCUCAAUAAAUUCCUCUGUACACACAGGCUUUACAUUUUCACUGUCCUUUUGCAAGUCCCACACCAUCAAUCACUUUUAUUGUGAUGGUCCCCCAAUUCUUGCCCUUUCCUGCUCAAACAUUGACAUCAGCAUCAUGCUACUUGUUGUUUUUGUGGGAUUUAACUUGACAUUCACUAUGUCGGUCAUCAUCUUCUCCUAUAUAUACAUUCUGGCUGCCAUCUUAAAGAUGCCUUCUACUUCAGGGAGGAAAAAAGCCUUCUCCACAUGUGUCUCCCACCUGACAGCAGUCACCAUUUUCUAUGGAACCCUCUUUUAUAUGUACUUACAGCCUCGUUCUAAUAAUUCCCAGGAGAAUAUGAAAGUUGCCUCCAUAUUUUACGGAAUUGUGAUUCCCAUGUUGAAUCCCCUGAUCUAUAGCUUGAGAAAUAAGGAGAUAAAAGAAGCUCUAAAAGUGUUAGGGAAAAAGUUCUUCUAG